AUGCUGUUAUUGUCAAGCAACGUUACAUAUGUCUUCACACUAUCGAUGAUAACGAGAGCAUACAAACGUCGAACAAAGAAUCCACGAAGAUACGAUUUUCAUCCGCCUGAUUUUACCAUACCGACAUUUCUACUACAACGUGACAAACAACACCUAUCUACGAGCAUAGCAUCCAACUUGACACAAGAUCGUAACGGUAACUCUACGAUUGAUUGGAUCACAAUGAAUACAACGAUGUCGUGGUCGUUCAUGUCGACGUAUAGUUCAAAGUCAAGUGUUCUACAAAAUACUACCACGAAUGGCUAUUAUCGUUUAGCUAGUCAAUCGACACCAGUAUUUUUCAAUUCGUUCAUGUCUUUUCUACUCUUACACGAAUCAUCACAUUUAUGGAAAUAUAUACUUUAUUUUACAUUUAUUUGUGUUUUGUUAUCUAUACUUCGAAUGAUCAUUCGUCAUCUGACUGCUUUCUAUCGUACUUAUUUUCAAACGUCUCAUUAUCAAAUUUCUUCACAUGGUUGUCGCUCAACUUCUUCACAAUAUCCGAGUCAAACAGAUCAAAACACUGUGGUCACUCGGAAUCAUAUGGAGCUCGAGCAUCAUGAUUCAUCUUCAUUGGCGUCGAAUCAAAUCUUAUUAGCCGGCACAAUUCUUACGUUUCUACCUGAUCCAGUGGAAAAACAGAACAAUCCAUAG